UCUCCGAUUUCGACACACGUCCUCUCACUUACAUGUUCCAAGCUUCCAGAGAUCAAAAUAAUAUCCUCAGUCAUGAAGUUCUCUAUGGGAUCGUUAAUGUUGUUCUUCAUGGGAAUGUUAACAAGGACAACCGCUAACCAGGUUGAAACUCGUUUGAAAGCGGAUCUGUUUUCCAGCUAUGACAAGCGUCUUCUUCCUACUCACGACGAGAGUCUCGAGGUCAAUAUCCGAAUGAGUUUGAGUAACCUGAGAGAAAUGGAUUUUUUUCAAGGAUCCAUUAAAAUGAAUUCAUGGUUAAAAAUGUUGUGGAUGGAUUCGCGUUUAGAGUGGGAUCCGGCUGAAUAUGGAAACAUCUCUAUCUUCCGCGUUCAUUCCUCCGAGGUCUUUGUGCCAGACAUCACUCUUUACAACAGCCACUCCCCAAGUAAGGCACUGUCCGAUGAUAUUUCAGCUCUUGUGUACAGCGAUGGUACCGUGUACUAUCUUCCACCCGUGGCUAUUGAAGCAGCAUGCGACCUCGACUUGAAGGACUAUCCCUACGACAGCCACACCUGCCGCCUAAAAUUGGGAUCAUGGGUGUUUGACAGCAUGAGAAUAUCUGUUACGCCAGCGUCGGAUACGAUUGAUCUGGAAGAUUACAAUGCCCACCCUGUGUGGGAACUCGUAAACACAUCAGCCGUUAAGAACGUCGUCAGGUAUCCAUGUUGCAAAGAAGUUUACGAGGACAUCUCAUUCCAUCUGACCGUCCGACGACGAGAUAGUCACGGUCGUAUUGCCUCCGCCGUGAUCGCCACCUGGCUUAUCCUCGUCGUCUUCCUGAUUGGGCCGUCGUCGGCUGGAGAACGAAUCAUCUUUGCGGGCUUCGUCUUUGUCGCUUUGGUGGUGUUGUCGGCAGCGCUGAGUGCAGAGGUCCCCGCCUACUCGAUGACCAGACUUGGUCGGUUCCUCAUCGGUGGGAUGCUCAUCAACGCCGUCGUCAUCAUCAUCAACGGCCUCAUCUACCGCUUCUACCCCAAGGAUCAACCAGGACACAUGAAGGAGGGAGACGGGACUAUUUCUCGCGUGUUCCUCUUCAUUGAUAUCGGUGCAUUCCUGGGGACCACCAUCAUCCUCGCGAUAACAACGGGCGCCCUCUUCGCCUAAGACAAGGAAUUUCUGCUUUAAGCCAUCAACUCAUAUGUUAAGAGCCGGUAUGACAAAAUAAAUAACAAUAAUGAUAAUGAUGAAAAUCAUAGUACUGAAAAAAAAAUUGCUACUCUUACUCUGGCAUUUUAUGGAUUCAAUUCCUGCCGGGUACCCAUUUACUUCACCUGGGUUGAGUGUGGCAAAUGUCGAUCAUCAUCUUGCCAAAUGACGUCCGUUCCUGGCCAGGAUUCGAAUCCCCUAACCCUGUGGUUCACAGGUUGGAGACUUAUCAACAAGACCGCAAUACCUCUACAGCGAUAAUGAUAACCAUCAUUAUAAAACCUGUCUGUGUAGAAAAUGAAAUGGAUCUGAGAGAAUCAGUGCUGAUGUUGCUAUCGCCACGAUCAUCAGCGGAAAUGUAAACCAAACCACAAAGAUUAAAAAUGGCUGCAAGCUAGGAAGGUUCCCAAAUAUGCUUAUAAUGUCAUACUAGAACCACAUGUUCCCGAAAAGAA